AUGCUUAUGAACAGACAGCUGCAAGACCGGGAUACGCUGCAGCAGCAGCAGCAGCAGCAGCAGCAGCAACAGCAACAGCAGCAGCAGCAGCAGCAGCUGCAGCAGCAGCAGCAGCAGCAGCUGCAGCAGCAUGCAGCAGCUGCACCUGCUGCUUUUCCUCUUCAGUUUAUGAAGACUCCUAUAGGAGAUGCCCAGGAUAUCCUCUUCGCCGUGAGACAGAUCGAGGCAGGUUAA